GAGGGACAGCGCUGCCCAGGGAGAGCCUCACAGCUUGGGGCUCUUGGCCUGUGCUGCAGCUACAGCCACCUCACCCUUCUCAGAAUCAGUGAAGGAGCAUUUCGACGAGACUACAGUGGAUUGGACAAAAGGAGGAGAAGGCGGACAGAGACAGGAGUCAGGGGCAGUAGGGGGACCCUAGCCCCCCGGGCUCUGCCCCUCUGUUGCAAACGCCUCUCGCUUCUUUUGCACAAACAGUGUAGGAGCACCUGGAGGAGACCUCGGUGUUCCAAGGACAGGGACUCCCUGCUGACAGUCACCAUGUCACACAGGGAGGAGCAGGCCCCCAGAGGGAGGGAGCCAGCAUGCCUGCUGUGUCAGCGAUCAGAGGCUGACCUGGACAUCUGUGGGGAAAAACUCUUCAUACAUGGGCUCUGUGUCCACGAGUUCUGCCUGUUUUUUGCCAGCAACUUUCCUGACCGCCCGGUUCAUCGAGGAGGACUCUGGUGUCUUCCCUCAUGGGAGAUCCGAGCUGUAGUCUCCCUGGCGGCACAGCAGAGGUGCUGCAUCUGUGGCCAGAGCGGGGCCACCAUUUCCUGCUGUGAAACAGGCUGUGAGCUGAGCUUCCACCUGCCCUGUGCCAACCAGGGAGGCUGUGUCACCCAGUUCUGCAGACCAUUCAGGGCCUUCUGCCCUGCACACAGCCCAGAGCAGGCAGUGGAGGCGACUCCAGAGCCGGGCACCCAAUGCCUCAUCUGUUUGGAGCCUGUGGAGGACAGAAAGACCUUCAACACCCUGGUGUGCCCAGCCUGCAGAACCGCCUGGUUCCACAGGGACUGCAUCCAAGGACAGGCUCUGCAUGCUGGUCGUUUCUCCUUCCAGUGCCCCCUCUGCAGAAAUGAUGAGUCAUUUAUAAGAGAUAUGCUCACCAUGGGGAUCCAAAUCCCCUUGAGACCACCAUCAUGGGAGGUCUUUAAUGCAUUCGAUGAGAUGGGAGACAGACACAGGCACUGCGAUGCCAGUGAGUGCCUUUUUCCAGGAGGCAGGCACGAGGCAGAGGAGGAGGGGCCCUGGCAAUUGCUCUGGUGCUCCUCCUGUGCUGCCGAGGGCACUCACAGACACUACUCUGGCCUGAGGAACAGCAUAACCAGCUGGGAAUGUGAUGGCUGUGCUGGUCUGGGCACAGAAUUCCGCAGGAUCUCGGGAAUGACGGACACGGUGCCCAGGGAGAUGAAGCCGCCGGCGGUGAAGGGAAGGAUCCCGGAGCCCAUGGCCGCCCCGGAGCCCUCGGCCAGCAGGGAACAGGCGGAACGGCAACCGCCGUCACCAGGGCCGUCACCAGCUGGAGAUACAUCACCUGCGAGGGGAUAACGGGGUCACUGCGAGCACUGGGAGGGACUGGGAGGGACUGGAAGAGGGUAAUAGGGUCACUGGGAGCACUGGGAGGGAUUGGGAAGGGAAUGA